AUGACAGGGGUGCACUCUUUCGCAGAGGCAACCGGCGGACCCGGCUCCGCUUCAUGUUCGAAUGCAUCGGGCUUGCUGCUGGUCAAGCUGGUCGGCUUGGUCGCCGUCGCCGCGUUCUUCGUGUGGGAGUUCCGGUCGUGGUACCGACUGCGUAAAAUCCCCGGGCCAUUUGUUGCCUCUGUCUCAGUCUUGUGGCAGCUGAAGAAGGCCAUCGGAGGCACAUACCACGAGCACCUGAACGACGUUGCCAGGACAUAUGACCCCGACUCGCUGCGCAAGAUGUCGGGCGUACGCUCGCCGUACACCAAGGGCGACUUUUACGAUUCCGGCCGAAUCACACCGGGCGUUGACAAUGUCGUCUCAAUGCGGGACGAGAGCGAGCACAAGGCCAUGAGGGCGCGAAUGGCCCCGGCCUAUGCCGCCAAAGAGAAUGAAGGCUUUGGCUUCGAGAUUGGCAUCGACCGCCAACUCAUGAACUUCAUCCGCCUCAUAGACCAGCAUUACGUUUCCACAGACUCGGACUUUCGACCGCUGGACCUCGCCGAGAAGACGCAGUUCUUUGCCCUCGAUGCCAUCGGCGACGUUUCCUUUGGUGGCGCUUUCGGGUUCCUGGCCGAGGACCGGGACUUGUUUCGGUACAUCGAGAUCAACGAGUCGUCUCUGCCCGUGAUGAACAUCGUCUCGGUACUUCCUUGGUUGGGCCGGCUCGUUCACAAGUGGCCUUUUCGUUUGAUGCUGCCAAAAGAAGGCGACCAAGUUGGCUUCGGCCGUUUGAUGGGCUUCGCCAAAAACUACGCCGAGAUGAGGCUCCAACCGGGGGCCAAGCCGCAAAAGGACAUGAUGCAAGCCUUUAUUAACCAGGGGCUCGAUCGGGAUGAGCUCAUACAGCUUGUCUACAUCCAUAUGAUUGCCGGCACAAACUCAGCAGCACAAGCCAUGCGCAUGACGCUGCUUUGCUUAAUCAACAAUCCCGUCGCAUAUCGCCGACUCCAGAAGGAAAUCGACGAGGCCAUCGCGGCCAGUACGAUUAGUACCCCAAUCACCAACGCCGAAGCCCUGAAGCUUCCUUAUCUUCAGGCCGUCAUCCGCGAAGGGUUGCGCUUCUACCCUCCAGUCACGGGUCUUGGCUUCAAGCAAGCGCCGCAGAACGGUGACAUGCUCAACGGCUAUUUCGUCCCUGGUGGUACGCAGAUAGGACAUAAUUUCUUCGGUGUCGGACGCUCGCUGUUGGUCUGGGGCCCCGACGCCGAUGUUUUCCGGCCGGAGCGAUGGCUCUCUGCGGACAAAGAUGAACUCAAAGAGAUGAAUGCUGCUCUCGAUACGCAUUUCGGCCACGGCAAGUAUUCGUGCCUUGGCAAGUCGAUUGCCAUGAUGGAGCUCAACAAGGUCUUUGUGGAGAAUCCAGCUCCUAAGAAGAUAUGA